CGGAGCCCCCGAGACGAACCACCGCCCGUCGGCUUCCGGGUCAAGCGUCGUUCGCACUGCCCUCCCCGCCCCGCCAUGGAGGCCGGGCAGGGUCCCGGCGGCGGGGAGGUCGGCAAUCCGGCCGAGAGGGAAGUACCUAAGCCUUAUGUGCCGACAGAGGAGGAAAAACGACUCCUCAAGGAAUGUGCUGAAGAGAGUGCCCGGUACAGAGCUUUUCCUUUGGCUGCAGUGAGCAUGCUUGCUACCAGUUUCUUAAUCAGGAAAGGUGUUCUAAGAGAUGCCUCGAGAUUAAGCUCUUUUUCAAAAGUGGCAUUUGCUGGAAUGUGUGGAUACCUGGCUGGAAAGAUAUCCUACUUGCCAGUCUGUAGCGAGAAAUUUAAGAAGCUGAAGGAUUCCCCGAUAGGAGAUGUUCUGCGGCAAGCUCAAAGACAUAGCUCACAUCACCGUUCCAGUAGGAAAUCUGAAUUUUCAGACAUGCCUUCUCAGUCCUUUACUGAAUCUUCACCAAGAGCUGGAUUCCCAGUUUCUCCUAGCUAUUCAGAUGAUUAUAGUUCAACAGAUAGAGGCCUCUCAAGUUAUGAACCUGUUCCAUUCAGUGCUUCCCUGAAUGAAUCUUCACCUACAGGAAUUACUGAUUACACUGUGGAAGCUUCUGCUCCAAUUCCAGAAGAAAGUCGUAAAAAAAAAGGCAUCACAUACGAGGAAUUAAGGAAUAAACACAGGGAGACAUAUGAAGUAGUGCAACCACCAAAGACAGGAACUCCAAGCAGGUUUUCAGAGGAAAAACCAGUUAAGGAAGUUAAAGUAAAUAAAUACGGAGAUGCCUGGGAUGAGUAAGAGCCAAAUGAAGAGCUGAAAAAACGAUCUCCUGUCAGCUAACUUGAACUUCAUCUAGAUUAGUCAUGAGUAUCAGCACCUUUGGUGUGUUCUGUCAGGCACAGCUAUUUAUAAAUGAGGAGAGAAUCCUGAGUUGCCAGAAGGUUUAAGAAAAAAAAAAAAGUAUUUAAGCUUAAUUUUUUAAAUUUUGCAUUAAUGGCAAGUGAGACUAUUCUGAAGUGUCAUGACUGUAAAGCAUUUGUGCUGUUUAAGAAUGAAAAGGGUAACUGGCAGUAAUUAAUACAAGUGUAUAGCAAAAGGUAAAAAUAUAUGUAAAUGAAUGCAAUCACGUGUAUUGGGAAGUAAAAAACAUCAGAAUCUUCUCAAAUUUUCAAGGCUUGCAUUAAAAGUUACCUGUAGAACUAACCUCUCACUUUGUUUUGUCGGGAAGGGGGAUGUUGGAAACAUCAAAUUGUCGUCAUGCUUGGUCAGUAAUGUUUGAAAUAAUACUGUGAAGUAUUCAUGGAAAAAAGGGCUGAGGAAUUUAGCCAAACACAUAAGUAGGCAUAUUUAAGUGUUUUUCAAAACUGUUUUCAUGGUACCAGCUUUAUCUUUAGACCCAUAUUCUGACUUGCUCAUGCUGGAUCUUUUAAGACAGUAAUUUCAGAAGAAAAUGAUUGAAUGAAAAUGCUUAUAUUUAAAACAGCUAUAUGUAAAGUGCAGAAGGUUAAACCUGAAAAACUUUGUUAAAAGUUUGAGUGGUAUCUUGAGUGCUAAUAAGGGGCUUUGUGUAUUUAGCCUUAUUUCUCAGUUUGUGCUUGCCAUGACAAAAAAAUCCCGUGUUUAUGGAGAAUCAAUCUGGAUCAAUGGGAUAUUGCAUUAUUAUUACCUGUUUGAAAAGACCUACACUGGUAAAAGCACUGAAGAGUAUUUCCUAAUGUUGGCAUCACCCACUCUGCCUCCAUCAAGAUGUUACCUUCCAUUAGGCAUUCUCAUCUGUGCUGUUUCAUCUCACAACAUUGUGUUUAUUUGGGGAUUUUACCUAUUGGUGAGCAAAAAACAUGAUGAAGUUGAUAGCAUAAAAGCAUUCCUGACAUCCUUGUUAGAGAUAAAAAAUAAUUUACCUACCAAUAUGAAAAUUCUCAAAGGCCUUAUUGAUUGAGUGGACUAGCUGCAGAGCAGCAUGAAUUACAAUAUUAUUUUUGGAGAGAUACAGAGCAAUCAGCUGAAAGGAGGAGGGGAAGAUGAGAAUGCUUAAAGAGCCAGUGUUUUUCAGAAAAUCUUCAGAAAAAGGAAUGUGUUAAUCAGAUAAUCUUGAAGUUGUAUCAGAAAUUUCACAUGUAGAGAAUGCUUUUCAUGGCCAUGACGAGAGAACUCGGAAAAUACACGUCUGCCAUAAUUACAUUGCUGUGUUUUCCAGUGUGCUGUUCCAAGGCUGAUUAGAUUUUCAUGAAAAUACCCACAAAGUUUCUUAGUUGUGAGUUACGCAUGUAACUGGAAGCUGAAGAUUCAGGUGAUAAAACUGGAGCAAAUUCCUGUGGUGGUGGUUUUCCAUCUGUAAAAAGGAGAAAUGCUUUUUCUUUUGAAUGAAUGAAAAUUUUGGAUGAAUGAAAACUCUCCAGGUGAUAAAAUGCAGGAGCAGACUUUGACAGCAUUGAGGAAAUAGCAACAGCUAGGAGACACAAACUGUUGAACAAUAAGCUUGCCAAUAAAAGUAUUCCUUUGUA